AUGAUAGCAUCUCCUUUCACUGGCAUUGAUCUUAUCAUAGCCUCUGCUUCAUCCAAACAUCCGAAGCAUAACAUUAUACAAGGAAACAGCAGCCUGUAAGUUUCCGAAUUUGAAGUACAUGUUUAGUAAGUGAUUUGAUAUAAAUCUGUCUUUUGAAGACCCAGACAUGAUAACUAAAGAACGAAGUUGUUUUCCAAGAGACUGAGUUUUGGUGUAUGCAAAGAUUGGAUGAGGUGGGAAAAGAGAGGUGGGUCUGAUGAAACAUAUCAAAGGCUUGUUUUGUGAGUCCUUUGGAGCAGAGAUUGGUAAACUCUAAGGUGAGAUUAGGAGCAGAUUCACAGGCGGCAUUUGUGGAAAGAAGACAAAGGAAGAAGAGAAACGCAAGUAACUACCCCUACACAUGCGACAAAGCCCCGACCGGUUAUAUCAAGUCCAUAUAUUUUCUCUCAUUUUCUUCCGUGAAUCCCCAUCAUCAGCUCCUUGAACAUUAAUCAGUUGUGCCCGAAACCCAGCUUGGCUUCAAAGCUCUUCCCGAUCUGGUCUCUCAUUGCGAAAUCACCCAGACAUAUCUUUGGAAGAAAUGAUGAAACUGAUAGAAGGGUUUGUAGAUAUACUAAUUUUAGCAUCUGGGUAUCAACCACCUGGUCUUCUUGCCCACUGGGACUCCCGUAACAUCAAGCGAGCCUUUCAAUGGCCUCUCUUCUUUGAAAACGUUUUUAGGCGUUUAAGUAGCUUUUUAUGUUUACAAGAGUCUAUGGAGGAAUUUGAUGCAGCUCUUUUUGAAAUGACAUCUCGUCAAAGGCCGAUAGCAGCAAGUUGCUAAAGUCAACUCAUAAAUACUAUAUUUACAGGGUGAACAACUGAAACAACGAUGGAAAGAGCCAUUUCUCAGUUGUAUCCCAAGCGUGCAGACAGAGGGGCCCCAUUGGCCUUUUAGCAACUGAAGGACCGCAUCUCCAAUCAUAUAUGAGCAACGGUAACGCCCACGUGCAAAGCAUCAGAUAUUUUCUGGCACCCACCUAUCAGGACUCUCCACGUCGACAACAUGUGGACCCCACACUAAAUUCCAGUCACUCCAAUUAUAUUCCCUUCAUCUUCACAAAGGUUGUUUGCACGCGCUACUAAAGGCUCGUGAGCCCAAUCACUGUUUGUUUGUUUGUUAUGAGCUUCGGAGUCAGAAAGGGCCAAAAGAGGAGGUAAAAGCGCAAUUCGUCACCGUUCACAUCCUUUUUAGGCCAACGCCGGUGGCGGAAUUUAAAAAAACACCAACCUGUAAUUCCAGAAUAAUUUCCUCCACAAUUCUUCUUCUUUCUGUGACCCAAUUUUUGGAUUCGAUUCUUUUUGGUGCGUUUUCAAUCCUGUGAGGUUUCUAUCAAGUUUUUAGGGUUGUUUUUUAACAAAGGGAUCAGGGAUCGAAAAGUUAUUAAUGGUCAUCCCAAAAUAUGAAAUCCCUGUGGUGGUUCAAAGUUAGUUCUGAGUUAAUUAAAGCAUUUGGAAGCAGUAUCAAGGGUGCUUUCUGGCAUUUUUAUUGGUUUGUCUUCGACAGUAUGAACUGUGCCAAUUAAGUUAAUAUUGAUUGACAAACAAUUGGCACCCUCAUUUUAAAUUUUAGGACAACCAUGGAGGCUCGACCUGCUUUAUCCAUUCAGAGAUCAGGUGCUAGGCAGCUUAGUGACCUGGGGAUGUCUGGAGGGUUGUCAUCAUCUUUACCAGCCCUUUCAGCACAUUUGGAAGAGACAUAUCCAAAGCUGCCUGACACUCAACAGUUGUCCGCAGAAAGGGAACUGAGGACAAGGCCUCUGGUCCAUGCAACUCAUGCACCCACCAAUAGUGGAGUGGUUGGGCACAUAUUUUCAUCAUCCUCAGGAUUUUCGAGUGAACUUCAUUAUUCGUCUGCACCACCAUGUGAGAAGCAUUCAAGAAAUGCUCCUUUCAUUUCUCAGUUGCCAACUAAUGCUGCAGCUUUGCCAUUACCACAAUCGUCAAAUUCUGCAUUGCCUCAGUCUACAAUAUCAAGUAAUUACAAGAAAGAAAAUAGAGGUUCUUGGUGUACGGAUCCGGGUUUUCUUGAAUGUCCGAUAAGCAGCCCUGUCCAGAGCAGUCAAGUAGAAAGCAGUAGUUGUUGUGGUAUCAUGACAUCUGAGGACUUCAGCAAGCGAAAUGAUUGGCAGGAAUGGGCAGACCAGCUUAUCACUGAUGAUGAGGCUUUGGCCUCCAAUUGGAAUGAGCUUCUUGUUGACAACAAUGUUACGGAUCUGGAGCCAAAGGUGGCAUAUCAGGUGGCAAAACCAUGCACAACCAUGCCUGCACAGAAACCACAAGCACAUCAGCAACUUCCUUCUCCUUCUGUAGAAAGUCCCAGUGUUGUAAAUGCCUCUUCAUCGGCAAAUAAUGCCCCAGCAAAGCCACGAAUGCGAUGGACACCAGAGCUUCAUGAAGCCUUUGUUGAGGCUGUCAAUCAACUGGGUGGCAGUGAAAAAGCUACUCCAAAGGGUGUCUUGAAGAUUAUGAAGGUUGAAGGCCUGACUAUUUAUCAUGUUAAAAGCCACUUGCAGAAAUACAGGACAGCUAGGUACAGACCAGAGUCCUCAGAAGGAUCCUCGGAAAAAAAAUUGACUCCUAUUGACGACAUAUCAUCUCUGGACUUGAAAACGGGUGCGGGGAUCACUGAAGCUUUGCAGUUACAGAUGGAAGUCCAGAAGCGGUUGCAUGAACAACUUGAGAUUCAAAGAAGUUUACAGUUGCAAAUAGAAGAAAAUGGGAGGUACCUCCAAAUGAUGUUUGAGAAGCAAAAGUCUGGUUUAGACAAGCUGAAGGUAUAUCCGGAGAAUCCACCUGCUCCGUCUUCACAUGCUACCAAAGAGUCUUCUGCAAAAAGUGAACUGGAAGCCUCCCAGAUGGAUCAUGCAAAUUCAGGAACUGACACGAUUAAUGCCAACUCCAUGUUGGAGAGAAGUUCACGAGAAAUGGGUGGAGAGCAAAAGGCAAAUGAAACUGGUGAUCUAGAGAAAGCUGAAACGUGUAUUUCUGAGUCGACUUCACAACCCUCAAAGCGUCCAAGAAUUGAAGAAUAAGUUUAAACAGCUUUGAACUGACAAGCAUAAUUAUUUCAUGGAUCAUUUCACUAGUAGGAUAAACCAAGUUGAGAUAAGGAUAGAACUUUCGAAGUUUUAAAGUCCUCUACUCUCUUGUUAAGUGCUUGUGGACAAUUGCUUAAGCAGUCAGAUAUUUAGUUGAUAAACAAAAGCUUAUAACAAGGUUGAGUUUGAUUUUCCAGUCUCCAACCUCCUGAAGUGAAAAUAAAGGUGCAUUGAAUACAGUUGCUGAAAUUGCAUUAGUUAUGCCAGUGAAGGUGUUCCAUUUUGUAGGAAAUAUUGUUCUCUUAAAUUGUUAAAAGAUAUCAAUAAAAUUCCUAAUCCCAGAUUUGUACAUGGCAUUCAUCAAAAUCCUGCCUGGUACUUAGCACAUUGUGUUUCUUAGUAUUUUCUUCAGAAAAAGGAAAAUUAGAACUAUUUUCCAGUGUAUCUGUGCAUGUACAUGAAUAAUACAAAUGACAUUGACCCUUUGUUGUUUAUCCCACAAAAAAAAAAAAAAAGGAAAUUGACCCUUUCUUUGAGUAUUUCCAGCUUUAUAUUAUCCUGGGAUGUUAUUCGAAUUUCUAGGUUUAUAGGAGAAGACAGGUUGGAUAAACUAAUGGAAACUGCAUGGGUAGACCAUGCAAAGCUAAAAGGAACUCGGAAUACCUUGGAGUCCUGCUAUGGUGAAAGAAAUAAAGAAAUGGAUGAUACAGAGCAAAGGCUUGGCUUCUGCGAUGAUUCAAGCUGUUCCUGCCAUUAAUGUUUCUGAUACAAACAGUGCUGGACUUGAGGAUAAUCUAAGCCAUACCAAACCAGCGGCAUGACAGAACCGGCCAGCUCCAACGACUCCAAUAUUAUUGAAUAUGGUGGGAGUCGUGGCUAGGGUGUCUAAUGCAAUGAAUAAUGGUUAUGGUUCAUGAGGUCCCUUUUUUGGCAAGUUAUUCUUCGCCUUCUGGGUCAUUCUUCACCUCUAUCCAUUCCUCAAGGGUUUGACGGGAAGGCAAAGCAGGAUUCCAACCAUUGUUGUGUUGUGGUAUAUACAUCUUGCAUCAAUUUUCUCACUAGUCUGGGUUCGGUUUGAUCCUUUCUUGCCCAAACAGACAGGUUCAGUCCUCAACAAUGUGGAGAGUGCUGAUCAUGCUUUUCUGGUCCAUUUAUCACACCUCACUAUAUUUUUUGGCUGUAUGCCACUACUGAUUGCUUUGAUUCUCCAAAUGUUUUGAAACAUUUUGGAGGGAUUUAUAUAUUGUAUAUUUAGUCUCUUUAAGAUUUUGUUGGUAAUGGAAGAAAGAAUGCCAUUUAUUCCUCACAUUGUACAAGGUGACUACCUAUCCAUGAAAUAUUCUCCGUAGCAAAUGAAGGU